AUAUCUAUAUGUUUAUCAAUAAUUUCAGAUAUCUGAUGAAACAGACAGUGAGUCCUCAGAAAUGGAGUUUGUAAUGGAAAAGUCAAAAAAAGAAUUACCACAAAUUUUUUCCAAGAAAAUGAGGAAGAGGAAAAAGUCUGCAGCUAAGCCAGUGGAAGAAUAUUCAGUACAUAUUUCUGAUGAUUCUGACCUACCAGACAUCCCCUCAGAUAUUACAGAUCCAAAGUGUGACUCUAAUUUGAAAACAUCCACUCCAAAGAAAAGUGCAUGGUCUACUGCUACGGUUACCACUGAAGAUAAAAUACAGAAUUUCAAAUCCAUUCCAAAAGAAAGUGCAUGUUCUACUGCUACAGUUACAAAUGAAGAUAAAAUACAGAAUUUCAAAUCCAUUCCAAAAGAAAGUGCAUGUUCUACUGCUACGGUUACCAAUGACGAUAAAAUACAGAAUUUCAAAUCCAUUCCAAAAGAAAGUGCAUGUUCUACUGCUAUGGUUACCAAUGACGAUAAAAUACAGUUGAUGGAGUCACCUAAUUCAUAUUUUGAGCAAGGGCAGUCUCAUUUGUCACCUGAGAAAGAGGUAAAUAUAUUUAUCAUACUUGUAUAA